UGCAGACUGCAGUAGAGCUCAGAGCUCGCUCUCUCUCUCUCUCUCUGUAUAAUGGAGCUCAUGGACUGACUGAUGACUUUUCUAUUUCUCUACAUAUCGAUCGCUCUCCGGUCGCAAAGAAGAGCCAUGACAGUUGCAUCUUCUUCUGUUUCCCAGGCAUAGAAGAGAAGAAGAGCAACUCAGAGAAAAAGAGGAAGUAGGGGAAGAUGGAAAGAAAGAUGGGAUUGGGAAUGGGGCUGAACAUGCUUCUCUUGCUGGCCAUGGUGGCUACCAAUAUCCUCUCUCUGUACCACCUCACUUCAUCCGUCCAGAGCAAACCCGCAUCUCCUCCCCCAGUCCCAGACCACCUACAUCACCAACUCAACACAAUCAGAGCCACCAUUAACCACCUCACCCGCCUCCGCUCAACCACUCCCACCACCGCCACCAGCGCAAAAGCCACUGUCCCUUCAGAUCUCCUUCUCUAUGCACAUAUAGCCCCCAUUGCCUCUGCCUGCCGUGACAACCCUGAUCUUCUUCACCGUUACAUGAACUACACACCAUUCUCUCUCUGUCCAGAUGAUACGGAUCUCUCCGAAGCCCUAAUACUCCGAGGUUGCCACCCCCUCCCCCGUCGCCGCUGCUUCUCUCGCACUUCUUCAAAAAUCCCUUCCUCUCUCACCUCGAAUCCCUUUCCUUCUUCUCUCCCUGACUAUGCUUUACUUUGGUCCCACUAUUCUUGCAAGAGUUUCGCUUGUCUUAACCGCUUCAAUGACAACCUUGGCUUUGACAUGAAACUUGAGUCCACUAAAUUCCUUACAGCUAAAUCUGAUCUUGAUCUUACCAUUCCCCAAUUACUGCAAAUUGCAAAGGGCUCUUCUUCAGUUCUUCGACUUGCACUUGAUAUUGGAGCUGGAACUGGGACCUUUGCUGCAAGAAUGAAGCUCCACAAUGUCACUGUUCUAUCCACAACCAUGAAUUUGGGUUCCCCAUAUAAUGAAGCAACUGCACUGAGGGGGCUUGUUCCAUUGCACAUUCCAUUGCAACAGCGGUUCCCAAUAUUUGAUGGGGUUGUCGAUCUUGUUCGCUGUGGGCAUGCUGUUAACCGUUGGAUUCCAAUUACAACAAUGGAAUUCCUAUUCUAUGAUGUAGAUAGGGUGUUGAGGGGUGGGGGGUACUUCUGGUUAGAUCAUUUUUUCAGCAAAGGAACCGAUCUUGAGAAGGUUUAUGCACCAUUGAUCAGGAAGUUGGGUUACAAGAAAGUGAAGUGGGCAACAGGGAAUAAAACAGAUUCCAGUGGGCUGAAGAAUGGAGAUGUUUAUUUGACUGCCCUCCUGCAGAAGCCUGUAUCAAGGUGAGAGUCUAGGGUCCAGGUGAAAUUCAUUAGCAGUGGAAAAUGGGAAUAUCAUCUACUAUCAAUGGAACUCCUUAUAUCCGUUUCUGCUCUUUUUAAAAUGAAAGGCUAAAAGGGUAGAUGUUGAGCACAUUUUAAACUUGGAUACAUUUGCUACACAAGUCGGGUAAUACCAAGCCACCAUUCUUUGUUACUCCUGAGAACAACACUAGUUUGGGCUAUCCAAGACUAGCCCUUUCAGGAGUCAGGACAAGUCUCAGGGUAAAUGAUAAGCUCCCUUUAUUUCUUCAAUGUAUUGUACAAGGCUUUGUUUGUUGAAAAUUUAUUUAAUCCAAGAGACCAGGCUUAUGUGUCUUGAUUACAA